AUGGAUCAAAACCACUGGAUAUAAAAGUCUUCGGUUUAAGAAUUCGGAAUUGACAAAAGUGUUUAGUAACAACAACUCUAGGGAUAACCACCAGCUUCUUUGAUUCGAAGAGUGUCCAAACGUAAUAUUGGAAUCAGACCCACUCAGGAGAGUGGAGUAGCUCAGAUAUUUGAAACCUUUCAUCCAGAACAAAAAACCUAAAGUCUUGACGAUAUCAAAUUCAUCAUUAAAUGCUUUUAAAGCCAUUUUGUAUUUAGCUCAAUGACUGACACAUAAUUAACACAAUUGGCACACAGUAUGUUCUAUUGCAAAUUGCAAGUAGGAGAAAGCAUCAUCAAAUAAGGUGAUGGAGCAAGCUCAUUCUUCAUUCUCGAAAAGGGAAAAAUAAAUGUCUUGGUGGAUAAUGUACCACGUAAAGAAUUAACAUCCGGAUUUGGGUUUGGUGAGUUGGCAUUGUUAUAUAAUGCUCCUCGUUCUGCUACAUGUAUGGCUGUGGAAGAAUGCUUUCUAUGGGGAAUCGACAGACAUACCUUUAGGAAGAGUGUAGAGACAAUUAUGAGAAGUGAGUAAGAGAAAAAUCGAAAAUAUUUAGAGAGUGUUAAAUUUUUUAAUUAAUUAACAAGAGAGUAGAAGGAUGCUGUAGCAGGUGUACUUAUAUCCCAAAAAUUUAAUUAAGGAGAAGUCAUAGUAAAUGAAGGUGAUUAGGCAAGUUCUUUUUACAUCAUCGUGGAAGGCUAAUGCGGUGUUUUUAAUAAGGAUGGCUAAUAAAUUGCAGUCUUGAAUCCUAGUGAUUCUUUUGGGGAGUCAGCACUCAAGCAUGAGAAUUAGGUGAGAAUGAUGACCAUUAAAGCAGUCCAAAAAGACACAAAAGUGUUGGCUUUAGGAAAAGAUAUGAUCUAAUAGAUCUUAGGUGAUUAAGUACAAUCUAUCAUAUACAAAAAUAUAUGCAAAUGGGCUUUGAAUUCAUCUAAGUUAUUCAGCAAGACUCAAUCUACAUAUCAAGAUAAGUUGCUAGAGGGAGUGUAAAUUAAGAAAUUCGCUGCUAAUUCUAAAGUAAUUACGAAGGGAGACAAAGUUGGACAACUUGUCAUCCUUCUUGAUGUUGAUGCAGUAGAUGAGAACAAAGCCAAGGCUCUCAAGGGAUCAAUCCUAGUCGAAGACACAUUACAGGAUAAACUCUAAUGCACUUCUCAUGUGAAAACAUACACAGUUGAAGUGGAAGGACAUGUUGCCAUUAUAGAUUAUGAAUCAUUCAGAAAUGCUCAAGGCAGUGUUGAGAAGAUUCAGUAAGGCAAAGCUUAGUAAUCUGAAAAAGCAAAUGCAUUUGAAGAAUAGAUCAAAAGUCAACCAUUCAAGAAUUUGAUAUAUCUAAAUAAAUUAGGUUCUGGUUAAUUUGGUUCUGUUUAUUUAUGCAAAUUUAAAGACUUGGAGACUUUGUUUGCUCUCAAAUAUGUUACAAGAGCACAUGUAUAAUAAUUUGGAAUCCAAAAACACAUUUAAUAAGAGAAGGCUGUUCUAGAAUUGAUGGAUCACCCAUUCAUUCUUAAGUUUUACAGGUCUUAUAAAGACAACGAAAAUAUUUAUUUCUUGACUGAGUAUAUUCCAGGAAUGGAAUUGUUCGAUGCCAUCAGAGUUAUUGGAUUAUUGAGCAAAUAUGAUGCACAAUUCUACGCUGCACAAAUGUUGUUGCAAAUGGAAUACUUGCAUACAUAACACAGCAUUGUUUAUAGAGACAUUAAACCAGAAAACAUUAUGGUUGAUGAUAAGGGAUUCCUGAAGUUAAUUGACAUGGGUACAGCUAAGUCAUUUAAGAAUCAAUAAUCUACAAAGACUUUCACAAUCAUAGGAACACCUCAUUAUAUGGCACCAGAAGUCAUCUCAGGAAAAGGUUAUGGUUACUUUGCAGAUUUAUGGAGUGUGGGAGUCUGCCUUUAUGAAUUUAUAUGUGGUGGUUUGCCUUUUGGAGAAGAAGCAGAAGAUCCAUUUGAAAUCUACAAGGAAAUCAUUAAAAAGCCAAUCAGCUAUCCUCAUUUUAUGUCUGAUAAAUCUGCAAAAACCUUCAUAGAGUAAUUGAUGAAUAAGAUCCCUGAAGUUAGGUUGGGAGGUUCUUACAAUACUUUGAAAUCUCAUGCUUGGUUCAAAGAUUUUGAUUGGGAAAAAUUAUUGGUCAAAUAACUAAAGGCUCCCUUAUUGCCCGGAAAGGAUAAAAUUAUGACUCCAGCAUAGAUUCAAAGUGUCUUAUAACGUGGAAUCUCAGUUCAUGACUAAAUUUAAAAAGAUACACAGGGAUAAAAGAAAGUAUUGGCAAGUGCUAAAGAUGCAGAAUGGGAUAGUGCAUUUUGA